AUGCGCAGAGGCAGCGCUCACCCGCUGCUGCUCCCUGGCGCUGCGGGGCCGGGCGGAGCAGGAGGGUCUGUGCCGGGGAGACCCAUUAACCCCCCCGUGCCCGGCCCGCGCCCUGCUCCCGCUGGGGCCGCCCCGGGCUCUGCCCGCCCCGCUGCGGCGCUGCAGCCUCCAGGCUACAGAUUAACGUCCACGUUUCGCUCCAGAUCAUCCCCUCCUCCCAUGGGGAAAGAAAUGGCUGCAGUGGAACUGGCUCAGAGGCUGGUGACUUUUGAGGAAGUGGCUGUGCAUUUCACCAGGGAAGAGGGGGCUCUGCUGGACCCCACUCAGAGAGCCCUCUACAGGGAUGUCAUGCAGGAGAACUAUGAGACGGUGGUCUUGUUGGGGUUUCCAGUUUCCAAACCUGAUGUGAUCUCGCAGCUGAAACGAGGGGAAGAGCCGUGGGUCCCAGACUUCCAUGACUCUGAGAAAAAAGUGCUCCCGAGAGCUGCCUGCACAGGUGAUGGGAUGGUGAGUGAGAAUGAGGAGAAACCCCAGCAGGAAGAUGCUGAGCAAGUAGAACCACAUGGGACGUUAUCAGGAAGAUCCAAAGGGAAUGUUUCCGGGAGUUGUGCACUCCCAGAAAAAGCAAAAGCCUGUGAGACUCAGGAGAGGCCACAGGAAAACUUCGGUAGCCACUCAGACCUUAUUACACACGAGAGAAUCAACUUGGAAGAGACACACUACACAUGCCAUGAGUGCGGGAAAAGCUUCAAUCAGAGUUCUGCCCUUAUCACACAUCAGAGAAUCCACACGGUUGAGAAAACUUAUCGAUGCUCUGAGUGUGGGAAACGCUUCAAUCGAAGCUCAAACCUUAUUAGACAUCAGAAAAUCCACACAGGAGAAACACCCUACACAUGCUCAGAGUGUGGGAAAAGCUUCAAUCAGAGCUCAAACCUUAUCACACAUGAGAGAAUCCACACAGGUGAGAAACCUUAUGGAUGCUCUGAGUGUGGGAAACACUUUAGUCUGCACUCAAACCUUAUCACGCAUCGCAGAAUCCACACAGGAGAGAAGCCCUACACAUGCUCUGAGUGUGGGAAAAGCUUCAAUCAGAGCUCUACCCUUAUCACACAUCGGAGAAUCCACACAGGUGAGAAAGCUUAUAGAUGCUCUGAGUGUGGGAAAUGCUUCCGUUGGCGUUCACACCUUAUCACACAUCAGAGAAUCCACAUGGUUGAGAAAACUUAUCGAUGCUCUGAGUGUGGGAAACGCUUCAAUCGAAGCUCAAACCUUAUUAGACAUCAGAAAAUCCACACAGGAGAAACACCCUACACGUGCUCAGAGUGUGGGAAAAGCUUCAAUCAGAGCUCAAACCUUAUUACACAUGAGAGAAUCCACACAGGUGAGAAACCUUAUAGAUGCUCUGAGUGUGGGAAAUGCUUCAAUUGGAGUUCAUACCUUAUCACACAUCAGAGAAUCCACAUAGUUGAGAAACUUUAUGGGUGCUCUGAGUGUGGGAAACGCUUCAAUCGAAGCUCAAACCUUAUUAGACAUCAGAAAAUCCACACAGGAGAGACGCCCUACACGUGCUCAGAGUGUGGGAAAAGUUUCAGUCAGAGCUCACACCUUAUCACACAUGAGAGAAUCCACACAGGUGAGAAACCUUAUGGAUGCUCUGAGUCUGGGAAAAGUUUCAAUCAGAGCUCAACCCUUAUCACACAUCGUAGAAUCCACACAGGAGAGAAACCCUACUCCUGCUCUGAGUGUGGGAAAAGCUUCAAUCAGAGCUUACACCUUAUCGCACAUCAGAGAAUCCACACUGGUGAGAAACCUUAUGGAUGCUCUGCGUGUGGGAAAAGCUUCAAGCGGAGCUCACACCUUAUCAGACAUAGAAGAAUCCACACUGGAUAGACACCCUACACAUGCUCUAAGUUCAGGAAAUGCUUUGGAUAUAGCUCAGCCCUUACUACACAUCAGAGAAUCCACAGUGGCGAGAUGCCCUACACAUAGGGUACGUCUAUACUUACCUCCGGGUCCGGCGGUAAGCAAUCGAUCCCGGAAGUGCUCGCCAUCGACGGCGGUACUCCUGCUCCGCGAGAGGAGUACGCAGAGUCGACGGGGGAGCCUGCCUCCCGCGUGUGGACCCGCGGUAAGUUCGAACUAAGAUACUUCCACUUCAGCUACGUUAUUCACGUAGCUGAAGUUGCGUAUCUUAGUUCGAAGUGGGGGGUUAGUGUGGACCAGCCCAUACUCUUGAGGGUGGGAAACGCUUCAUUCAGAGCUCAACCCUUAUUAGACAUUAGAAAAUCCACAUGAGAGAGAACUAUAACAAAUGCCUUGAUUAGGGCUGGCCAAAGAUUUUUUUUUUUUUUUAAAUCACAUUUGUUAAUUCCUUCAUAGAGAUCUUUGCACCAUCUUCACCGUGGUGUCUCAGCUCCCCUAGAUGAGUUGCGUGCUUCUGCCUUUUGCAGCUCAUCCUUCUUUGGGGUCAAUCCUGUGAUCUUUUCUAUCAACUCCUUUUUGAGCUGAAGGAGUGUGUGUCCCACCAGCCAGGAAUGUUCAUCAGUUCGAGGUGGGAGAGAGAGGUUUGAUCCCAACAAGCUACACUGAGGCAAAAACUACCUGUUCCUUACAUCCACUAGGACUGUACAUGGCGUUGGCUGCUCAAGUUAGUGAUCUUGGUGUAAAAAGACAAUUAUAAUUGUAGUGCAGAUGCAGCCCAGGUGCCGUGGUUGGCAUUAGCUUUCCCCUUGAGCUGACCUAAACUCCAUCACUUUUCCUAGUCUUAACAAACAUGCUAAGGGGAAGGAUGUAGGUUUAGAAGAUAAAAUAAAAAAAGAACAAAUUAAAAAUCAGUUAGAAAAGUUAGAUGCCUGCAAGUCACCAGGGCCUCAUUAAAUGCAUCUUAGAAUACUCAAGGAGCUAAUGGAGGAGGUAUCUGAGCCUCUAGCUAUUAUCUUUGGAAAAUCAUGGGAGACAGGAGACAGAAGACUGGAAAAGGGCAAAGAUAGUGCCCAUCUAUAAAAAGGGAAAUAAAAGCAACCCAGGAAACUACAGACCAUUUAGUUUAACUUCUGUACCAGGGAAGAUAAUGGAGCAAAUGGUUAAGGAAAUCAUCUGCAAACACUUGGAAGGUGGAAAGGCGAUAGGGAAUAGCCAGCAUGGAUUUGUAAAGAACAAAUCAUGUCAAACAAAUCUGAUAGCUUUCUUUUAUAGGAUAACAAGUCUUGUAGAUAAGGGAGAAGCUGUGGAUGUGGUAUACCUAGUCUUUAGUAAGGCAUUUGAUAUGGUCUCACAUGAUAUUCUUAUCAAUAAACUAGGCAAAUACAACUUAGAUGGGGCUACUAUAAGGUGGGUGCAUAACUGGCUGGAUAACUGUACUCAAGAGAGUAGUUAUAAAUGGUUCCCAAUCCUGCUGGAAAGGUAUAACAAGUGGGGUUCCGCAGGGGUCUGUUUUGGGACUGGCUCUGUUCAAUAUCUUCAUCAACGACUUAGAUAUUGGCAUAGAAAGUAUGCUUAUUAAGUUUGCAGAUGAUACCAAACUGGGAGAGAUUGCAACUGCUUUGGAGGACAGGAUCAUAAUUCAAAAUGAUCUGGACAAAUUGGAGAAAUGGUCUGAGGUAAACAGGAUGAAGUUUAAUAAAGACAAAUGCAAAGUGCUCCACUUAAGAAGGAACAAUCAGUUUCACACAUACAGAAUGGGAAGAGACUGUCUAGGAAGGAGUAUGGCAGAAAGGGAUCUAGGGUUUAUAGUGGACCACAAGCUAAAUAUGAGUCAACUGUGUGAUGCUGUUGCAAAAAAAGCAAACAUGAUUCUGGGAUGCAUUAACAAGUGUGUUUUGAGCAAGACACGAGAAGUCAUUCUUCCUCUCUACUCUGCGCUGGUUAGGCCUCAACUGGAGUAUUGUGUUCAGUUCUGGGCACCGCACUUCAAGAAAGAUGUGGAGAAUUGGAGAGUGUCCAGAGAAGAGCAACAAGAAUGAUUAAAGGUCUUGAGAACAUGACCUAUGAAGGAAGACUGAAAGAAUUGGGUUUAUUUAGUUUGGAAAAGAGAAGACUGAGAGGGGAUAUGAUAACAGUUUUCAGGUAUCUAAAGGGUGUCAUAAGGAGGAGGGAAAAAACUUGUUCAUCUUAGCCCCUAAGGAUAGAACAAGAAGCAAUGGGCUUAAACUGCAGCGAGGGAGGUUUAGGUUGGACAUUAGGAAAAAGUUCCGAACUGUCAGGGUGGUUAAACACUGGAAUAAAUUGCCUAGGGAGAUUGUGGAAUCUCCAUCUCUGGAGAUAUUUAAGAGUAGAUUAGAUAAAUGUCUAUCAGGGGUGGUCUAGACAGUAUUUUGUCCUGCCAUGAGGGCAGGGGACUGGACUCGAUGACCUCUCGAGGUCCCUCCCAGUCCUUGAAUCUAUGAAAAACCCUACGGUUAUACUGGUCCCCCAUUUCAAAGCCAUUGUUAGUCAUCAAGUUCCCCCUUCGGGAACAAAUUGUUUCAUUCCCAGUUGUUCUGAUGUUGCUUGAGGUUGUGCUAAAGAGCAGAUAUUUUUACUACCAUUUUCCUCACUUAAAAUAUAUUGAACUAUAACAAAGAGCAGGAAUAGGGAAAAAUGUCAUUUCACCCUCUGUAACAACAGAAGAAGAUAAGGUAAGUCAGAGGGAUUCCCUUAUUCUCCAUCACCAUCCCAUUACCCCUGUUGUUCAAUUGGUUAGGUCAAUCUUUUUUCUAAAGGUCUGGAAACAGGAUUCCCUAGUAAAUGACUUGGAACUAAGUAAAAUACCCAUGCAUUGGGCUCCCAAAGCAGUUAUGGCCCAAGCCCUGCAGGAGGUCACUCCUGAAGAUAUCUCCUUCCUAAUCAGGUGCAUGUUGCCUGUUAUUUGGGAAAUGCAAUCCCUAUCUAGGUAGCGAUGGGAAAAAGGGAAGUGACAUUUCUCUUCAUCUCACCCCUGGGAGAUGCUGCAAAUGUGUAGAAAAUGAAAUCCAUGUUGAAUGUGAUAUAGCUGCAGAAAGAUACCUAUUUUUAAUAGCUACCUGACUUUUGGUGUCUUACAGGGAUUCUAAGCCAUACCUGAAUUUAGUCCCUAAUUUAAAUCUGUGCCACUAGAUUAAAGAACUAAAAGGGCAUAUUCGGGGGAGUUAUACCUCACUAUUGCUACUGAUAUGUUAUGUGGUUGGUGAAGAAUUCUGCUCCAGAGAAGUGUAAAAUUACUCCAAGAAAGGUCAAAGAUUUGACAAGAACUCAGGUAGAAAUUGCAGGUACUGGUGGUUGAUUUUCACCCCAGAGAUGGAUGCUAUGGUCACCUGUGGC